UGGUCAAGUCGUUAUUCCUCGGCAUCUUCGUUUCACCUCCAUCUCCACAACAAUCAUUAUCAACACUCGGCGGCAUCGAUAGGCACGACUUCAACGUCAAAUCAUCAACCAGACUCAUCGCACUCGCUGCAAUCCCUGAAACCGUCAAACACUUCCUUUAGGUAUAUCGACGGCCGAAGAUAUCAUGACGACGAGACAUCCAGGUAUCCAUUACCGAACGACGAUGAAGAGAUAAAUCGAUUACAAUUGCAACACUAUUUGUUUCGAUACGCAUGGAAAGAUAAUUUUUCGUCGCCAGUAAAGGAAAUGCUAGAAAUGGGAGGAGCCCGCGUGUUGGACGUGGGAUGUGGUCCCGCUACCUGGAUCCUCGAGAUGGCCUUUCAGUUCCCGAGCAGCGAAUUCAUCGGCGUGGACUUUUCCCCAGUGUUUCCCACAUCGAUAAAACCUCAGAAUGUGGAACUAAAACAACUAAACGUGUUGACCGGUGGUCUACCAUUUGAGUCAGAUACCUUUGAUUUCGUGUACUUGCGAUUCAUGAACCUGGCCUUGACAGAGAAACAGUGGCCCGACUUAAUGCAGGAAUUG